UCAGACACAUGUAGAGUCUCUAUAUCAUAUCAAAUAUCUCCUUGAACUCGUAAAUUCUGUAUCAUCAUUAUCUUUCUUCUUCACUCGAAUCGUCUCUCACAAAACCGAUUCGCAGUGAAACAAAAAAAAGAAAAAAAACUCUGAAAUGGCUCUAUCACGCCUCUCAUCCCGAUCCAACACCAUCUCCCGUCCCCUCUCCGCCGCCUUCAACCGUUUCAUCUCAACCGACACCACACCAAUCACAAUCGAAACCUCCCUCCCUUUCACCGCCCACUUAUGCGACCCGCCCUCCCGCUCCGUCGAAUCCUCCACCCAGGAGCUCCUCACCUUCUUCCGCACCAUGGCUCUGAUGCGCCGCAUGGAGAUCGCAGCCGAUUCCCUCUACAAAGCCAAGCUAAUCCGAGGGUUCUGCCACCUCUACGACGGACAAGAAGCCGUGGCCAUCGGGAUGGAGGCGGCGAUCACUAAAAAGGACGCGAUCAUCACGGCGUAUCGCGACCACUGCAUCUUCCUGGGGCGGGGAGGGGAGCUGUACGAGGUGUUCGCGGAGCUUAUGGGGAGGAGAGACGGGUGCUCGAGAGGGAAAGGUGGGUCGAUGCAUUUUUAUAAGAAGGAUUCGUCGUUUUACGGUGGGCAUGGGAUUGUUGGUGCUCAGGUUCCGUUGGGGUGUGGGAUUGCUUUCGCGCAGAAGUAUGGGAAGGAGGAGGCGGUGACGUUUGCUAUGUAUGGUGAUGGUGCGGCCAAUCAGGGGCAGCUUUUUGAGGCUUUGAAUAUUUCGGCUCUUUGGGAUUUGCCUGCUAUUCUCGUCUGCGAGAACAAUCACUAUGGGAUGGGAACUGCUGAGUGGAGAGCUGCCAAGAGUCCAUCUUACUAUAAGCGUGGUGAUUAUGUUCCUGGUUUGAAAGUAGAUGGUAUGGAUGCAUUUGCUGUCAAACAAGCGUGCAAAUUUGCUAAGGAACAUGCCUUGAAGAAUGGACCUAUAAUUCUUGAGAUGGAUACAUACAGGUACCAUGGUCACUCCAUGUCUGACCCUGGGAGCACAUACCGUACACGAGAUGAGAUAUCUGGUGUGAGACAGGAACGAGAUCCAAUUGAGAGAAUAAAGAAGCUGGUACUCUCUCAUGACCUAGCAACUGAGAAGGAGCUUAAGGAUAUGGAGAAGGAAAUCAGGAAAGAAGUAGAUGACGCCAUUGCCAAAGCUAAGGAUUGCCCAAUGCCAGAGCCUUCUGAGCUUUUUACCAAUGUGUAUGUUAAGGGAUUUGGUACCGAGUCAUUUGGACCUGACAGAAAAGAAGUCAAAGCUGCGCUUCCAUGAAGCUCUUGUUCGUUAAACUGCCACGUGGCAUGACAAAGUGGUUUGAUAGGAAGCUAUGAAAUAAAUAUCUUUUGGGCAGAGACUCUGUUCAAGGCCUUUGCGAGUUUUAUUGUCCAAGUAUCUGUUACAUACAUAAAGAGCAUCAUGUGAUUCUUGUGAACCUUUUGUGUCUGUAUUUAAGUUUGCUUCUGAUUGUCGAUAAAGACAAAAAUGCGAAAUCAGUUUUAAUGGAGUCUCUUGUUCUAUCAGAAAUUUGAUAUCCAAUAAUAGAGCUUAAAACAAAUGAAAUACAAACAAAGACCAAUUGUCACAAGUCUCGUCUUCCAAAAAAAAGAAUAAACUUUUCAAAUCAACAACAAAAGAAGUAAAGUCAUAAGAACCAUUUUCGAAUAACCUAAAGAAUCUUUUUGUUUAAGAAAGCAACAAGCUCCCCUAACAUCUAUAUACAUAUAACAAAAGCAAAGAAUCUUUCUUUUUCUUAUCAAGAAUCUGAGUCUGACUCACUUGAACUGUACCUUGAGUGCUCUGACAUGAAAUUUGGAGGCAGAAUCGGAAACCUCACCGCGUUCCUUUGCGGUGCAGCAGCUCUCGGUGUUGUUGCUUCUGCUGUUGAACUUGAUGCUUCUCCCACCGUUACUGCUGGUCUCUGCUUCCGUUGAUUCCUUGCGAUCUCACUACAAGCAUUAUCAACCAUCGCUAAGAAAUCACGGAUUAUAACAAACAACUGAAACAGGUUCCUCUCUUUCAAUGCUCCGGCUUGGUAAUAAUUCGUGGUUUUCUUCACUAAAUCCAUUAUCCUCAGCUGUUCCUCUGUAAUAACUCUCAGUUCUUCCUCUGCCGAUUCAAAGAAAGAUCUCAGCUUUGUCAAACACCCAUCUUCUUUCCCUUUGCUUUGGUCUAAUAGCCGCUUUGUUUCUUUCAGUCGGGUGCCUAAAGCUAAGGUCGUGGCUACAAACGAGUCAUAGUCAAUUCCAGCUGCUUUCUUCACAUUAGUGAACUCUGAACUCAGGCCACCGAUAAUGGGUAAACCCAGUUUUACAAAUUCAAUCUCUUGUUCUUCUCUAGAUGCAUCUGUAUUAUCAGUUGAGAUCUUACUCAUUGCAGCCCUUUUUCCUUCAGAUCUAACAACUUCUUCAACAACAAAGUGAAGUAAAGUAGUUUUCCCAUCAACACUCUUCACAUCCGACAGUUUUCUUAGAGCUGUCAAAUUGAAAGCCUGAGCAUUUCCUCUAGCGGUUCCAGCGUUCAUUCUGUUACCUGCUUUCAAGAUCGCCUCUAGAAGUUUCAUGAAUAGCCCACGAGCACGGAGCUCGUUGCACGCGGAUUCAAGUGUCUGUAAAGAUCCCUUUUGUUGAGUAACCUCUGCACCGUAGUUAAUCUUGAAGAGCAUGACAUUGAACCGAUUAAACGCUGAAGGAACUGCUCGUAAGAUGUGAAACAGUAGAGAUUCUGCAUCAGCAAGUUUAGUUGGGUCCCCACUGAACUCUAUGAUCUCUGUCUGUUCUUCCGGCGUUGGGGCUAUACCAGAAAGCUUCUCAAGGGUAUCAGGAUCAGCAUCAUGGCCUUCUGUUAACAAGUCAAUGAUCUCCUCCUUAGUCAUUCCCAGAGAUUUAAGCACAAUUGCUUUGUUCUGAGAUUUCCGAGGGUCAAGAAUGUAAGUCUGCGUAAUUGAAACAGUCGGUUUCUGUGGUACAUUGUUUGCUUCACUUGGCUUCCGAGCACCAACGUAUCCAAACAGAGCCUCCAUGAGAUCACCAUCAAAGCUAAACCCAAGAAACAAAUACACAUCCAUGAGAACUCAUAAUCAUUCAGUACUUAAUCACAUUCUAGAUUGUAUAUACACUUCAGUGACUCUAAUGAAAUGCUUACUUGAAGGAGCCACCAUCGAUCCU